AUUAUAGACAUAAAAAAACAUUCACACUAUAACUAUAUAUAACACAUUCACUCCCUCCUCUUCCUCCUCACACUUCUCCAUUAAAUCUCUUCGCUUUGAACUCCAAUUUUGAAAUCUCUUUCUGGGUUUGCUUCGUCUCCACCUGAAUUGGAUUUAAAUUAUCAUGGCUAAUUAUAAGCCGAAGAACAUCCUCAUUACGGGGGCUGCAGGGUUUAUUGCUUCCCAUGUUUGCAAUCGGCUUAUCCGUAACUACCCUGACUACAAGAUUGUUGUCCUUGACAAGCUUGAUUACUGUUCAAAUCUGAAAAACCUCCUACCCUCUAAAUCAUCUCCCAACUUUAAGUUUGUAAAGGGCGACAUUGGUAGCGCUGACCUUGUCAACUUCCUUCUCAUCACUGAGUCUAUUGACACUAUUAUGCACUUUGCUGCCCAGACUCAUGUUGAUAACUCCUUUGGUAACAGCUUUGAGUUUACGAAGAACAAUAUUUAUGGUACCCAUGUGCUUUUAGAAGCCUGCAAGGUCACUGGCCAGAUUACGCGGUUCAUUCAUGUGAGUACAGAUGAAGUCUAUGGGGAAACGGAUGAGGAUGCUGUUGUAGGAAACCAUGAGGCUUCUCAACUCCUUCCAACAAACCCUUACUCUGCAACAAAGGCCGGUGCAGAAAUGCUUGUUAUGGCUUAUGGGAGGUCGUACGGGUUGCCUGUGAUCACAACCCGUGGAAACAAUGUCUAUGGUCCUAAUCAGUUUCCUGAAAAAUUAAUUCCCAAGUUUAUCCUCUUGGCCAUGCAAGGAAAGCCUCUCCCAAUCCACGGAGAUGGUUCCAAUGUGAGGAGUUAUUUGUACUGUGAGGACGUUGCCGAGGCUUUUGAAGUUAUCCUUCACAAGGGGGAGGUAGGGCAUGUUUACAACAUUGGCACAAAGAGGGAAAGAAGAGUGAUUGAUGUUGCUCAGGAUAUCUGUAAGAUUUUUUCAAGGGAUACCGAGACGAGCAUCAAGUUUGUAGAGAACAGGCCAUUCAAUGACCAGAGGUACUUUCUUGAUGACGAGAAGCUGAAGAUCUUAGGCUGGUCUGAACGUACUAUUUGGGAGGAGGGGCUGAAGAAGACUAUGGAUUGGUACAUUAAAAAUCCUGAUUGGUGGGGUGAUGUAACUGGAGCUUUGCUUCCUCAUCCUAGAAUGUUGAUGAUGCCCGGUGGUAGACACUUUGAUGGGUCUGAAGAUGGCAAAUCCGUGUCCUAUGCUUCAAGCAAUACGAAUCAGAACAGAAUGGUCAUCCCAGUUGCUAAAACUGGCAAUGUGGGCUCUCCUCGAAAAUCUUCUUUUAAGUUCUUGAUAUACGGCAGGACUGGAUGGAUUGGUGGCGUGCUUGGACAGUUGUGUGACAAACAAGGGAUUCCGUACGAAUAUGGAAAAGGACGACUGGAAGAUAGAUCAUCCCUUUUGGCUGACAUUCAGAAUGUUAAGCCAACUCAUGUGUUUAAUGCUGCUGGUGUCACUGGCAGACCUAAUGUCGAUUGGUGUGAAUCACACAAAACAGAAACCAUUCGCACUAAUGUUUCUGGAACCUUAACAUUAGCCGACAUUUGCAGAGACCAUAAUCUCUUGAUGAUGAAUUUUGCCACGGGCUGUAUAUUCGAGUAUGAUGCUGCUCAUCCCGAGGGUUCUGGCAUUGGAUAUACUGAAGAUGACAAGCCCAAUUUUAUUGGUUCUUUCUACUCAAAGACCAAGGCCAUGGUGGAAGAGCUUCUAAAGGAAUACGAUAAUGUAUGCACACUGAGAGUGAGAAUGCCGAUAUCAUCAGACCUCAACAACCCACGUAAUUUCAUUACUAAGAUUUCUCGAUAUAACAAAGUGGUUAACAUUCCAAACAGCAUGACUGUGUUGGAUGAACUUCUACCUAUUUCAAUCGAGAUGGCGAAGAGGAACUUGAGGGGAAUUUGGAACUUCACAAACCCCGGUGUGGUGAGCCAUAAUGAGAUUUUGGAGAUGUACAAGAGUUAUAUCGACCCCAACUUCAAGUGGGCAAACUUCACAUUAGAGGAACAAGCAAAGGUGAUCAUUGCACCACGAAGCAACAAUGAGAUGGAUGCGUCCAAGCUGAAGAAAGAAUUCCCGGAGUUGCUGUCGAUCAAGGAGUCUUUGGUCAAAUAUGUGUUUGAACACAACAAGAAAACUUAAACUAGAGAUCUGUACUAGUUGCUCGCUAGUAGGCGGUCCUAUUGUUUUACUACAUUAGAAGGUGAAGUUAAUUGAUGGAUUCCGUAUGACUCGAAGGACGGUUUUCUAAUACUUCAUUAAUUAUCUUAUUUUUGAGCCUUGCAAUUUAUUAGACACAAAUAUGUUUUGUUGCUUAAAUUAAUUCUUUAUCAUUGUUUUUUUACUAGAUUAUUAUAAUAUAAUGAUGACAUUGAAUUGUGAGUUAAAAUUAUAUUUAUUACUUAUUUUUAAGUUUA